CUUUCUUUACACCAACGGUCUGCGAAUCCUUCUGCUUCCCAUAUACAAACAGUCUAGUUUAAUAAGCCGAUACAGUCAACAUAUUCAUAUAACAUAUAACUAUCAAAUGUAAUAAAGACAUGGCGUCGUCGCAAUACAGCUCCAUUGGUGGGCUCCAGCAAUAUAACCAGUUGUCCUUUGCCGUUAUUCCCGAACACCAACAGCAACAACAUCGACAGCCGCAACAUCAACAGUCGCAACAUCAAUCUCAACACCAACACCGUCCAAACUCACAUCCCCAUUCACAACCUCAACCCCAACCUCAACCUCAACCCCAACCUCAACUUCAAUCUCGUCACCACCAGCAACAACAACAGCAACAGCAGCAACAUCAUUUACAUCGACCCGCUCCCACUCAUACACCACCAAUUGUUGCACCGACGUACCAACAUCCACCAACUUUACCAUCUACGACCAACAUCGUCACACAACCACAACAACAGCAACAUAAUAUCAACACCACCGUCGAUUCCGACUCUAGCCCUGAUGCUACGCCAUUAUCAACUACACCCGUGGUAAACCAUAGCGCCACCAGCAACGCAGAUCCCACAUCCUUCGGUCCGCCCCAGCGCAAACGUCGUCGCGUAGGCCGGCCGCCCAAAUCGCAAUUAGAGCGCGACUACCUCGACCAGCGAGCCUCUAACAACCUUACACCGCCUCAACAGCCGCCGCCUCCCCAAGUCCAUUCGCCGCACCCCUUAAACAAAGGACCCUACAACACGGCUGAAGAUGCUGUCUUCUCCCUCCAACUCCACGUCUUCACAUCCGGGUACGGUGUAUCGCAAAAGCGCACCAUCAAGGAGAAGCUGCCCUCGGGACGUUACGACCCUGACGGCGACGUCAUUCGUAAGGACUUUGCGUGCGACCGUGGCGGGUCUGACUUCGUAUCGCAGAGCACGGGGGAACGGCGGCGCGAGAGCAAGAAGUGCGGGUGUGGGUGGAAAGCCGUGGUGCGACGAUUGAGGCGGGAAGGUGAUCUAUGGUUCAUUGAUAUAGUGGAACCGAACCAUAACCACCCCGUCACGCCCCCGGAUCAGAUGCACACAAUCGCAUCGUAUAGACGAUGGCAGCGCGAGAAUAACGCCGGGAUACGGACAGCUAUCGCAAGACUGGCGCGUGCUGCUGCUAUGCCCGCUCGACAGGUCGCCGAUUACCUCAAGGGGCAAUUCGCAGACCCGGAUCUAGCCCAGAUCGAUCGGCAUAUCUUGCGCGCUCUUAGUAUGAGCGAUGCCGAUAUGCCAGGCAGUGAUGCGCAGCAGAGCCAGACUGUGUUCGAUGUCGUCGCGCGGAGGCCUACAAUUAUAUUGCAGGAGAAUACCGGGGAGGGCGGAGGCAAUGGGAACCCAAACGGGGGUGCCGUUACCGGUGUUCCUAUCGGUGUGGGUGUUAAUCCUGCUGGUACGCCCAACCGGUAUCAAUGAAUAACUGUGUUUCUCAUUCCCAUACAAAGCUAGGAUCCCAAUAGUGGGAGUAUCAAUAUUUAAUGUUUGUAAUAUCUUGCCUCAAAUAAUCGGCAGGUUUGAAGGUUUCCGGUAUGUAACUUAUAUACCGUAGGUUGCGGUUUGGCAGGGCAUAUAAGGGGGGUAGGGAAAUACCAUCCAUUGGCUUAAUCACGGCUAGAUGCCGAGAGGCUGUAUUUGUAAGGACGCGUAUAAAAACGUGGGUGUUUUAAGGGUUAUUUGAAUUGUCUAGCUACGUAAAGUACCUAGAUAUAAUUCGGUGCAAGAAGAAAGGGGGGAAGAGAGAUGAAGGAAAUCUUCGAUACAGCUAAACUAUCAGAUUAAA